AUGACUUCUUUGACGCGUUUCAAGAUGUCCCUCUUGAUUGUCGUGUCUAUGGUCUCCAUGGGCAUGGCUGCUGCUCUCGGUGAGGACUGCACCUCCAUCGUGAAGGUGCUCCUCCAGAACCCGCACACUGGUGCUACUCACGUCCUCGGUGACAACACUUCUGUCUCUGCCCCCGUUCCUAACUUGUUCGGCCGCGCUGUCCACCCUGAUGAUGGCUGGUCCACGAUCACCACCACCGUGACAUCCUGCACUCCUCAUGUCCCCUUGGCCACAACCACUAGCACCCUGGACUCUGUUGUUGUGCCCAUCGUCAGCUCUCCUCCAAUCAUCUCUCACACUAGCACUGUGACCACAUCUUACACUACCACUUCGCUUGAGACUGGUACUCUUCCCACCACUUCCGUAGCUGUCUCUGCUUCUGCCUCUGCUCCCACAGAUGUGAUCACCACUGUGGUACCCGCUGUCACCUCCACUCAUGUGUCCGGCACUACUGAGGUCUCUGUUGUGUCUUCGGAGUCUACUACUUCCAAGGUUACUGCCACUGCCACUGAGGUUACCACUCAGCCUGGUACUCCUAUGUCCAGCAGCUCGGCACCUGCUUCCGCCACUUCUUCUACCACCACUGCUAAGCCCAUGACUUCAUUCCACCCUAGCUCCGUCGAGAAAAUCUCAGCUUCUAGUUCCAGCAGUGAGGUCGCCUUCACUGUGACUGGCAAGAGCACCGAUCAUUUGACCGAGCCUUGCCCCACUGAGACUGAGUCGACUCCUGCUGCUGGCAAGAUCACUGGCGUUCCUCCUACUGCUGCUCCUCCUGCACUCAUGACCACUGAGAUCGUAUACACCGUCACAGUCCCCUGCAGUCACACUGAGAAGUGUCGAAGCACCGAGGUCUACUCCACUAGCACUUUGGUUAUCUCCAAGCCCACUGGCACCCAUGUCACCGCUCCUGCUACUAGCAAGGUCACUAGCGUUCCUGUCUCCGGUUCCAUUGUGACUGGCGAGGCCACCGACUUUGUCACAGAGCCUUGCCCCACUGACACUGAGAUGGCUCCUGCUCCUACCCCGGUGACUACUGAAGUUGUUUUCACAAUCACAGUUCCCUGCAGUUACGCCGAGAAGUGCCGCAGCACCGAGGUCUACUCCACUAGCACUUUGGUUUUCUCUAACCCCACUAGAACUCAGGUCACUGCUCCCACUGCUCCCGCUGUGAUCAUUGUUCCUGCUCCUGUGACUGUCGGGCUUCCCCCUGCCCCGGCCGUUACUGAGAUCACUAUGACCCUGGACAUUUCCUGCACCGAGUCUACCAAGUGUGUCAGCACUAAGGUACUCACUACUGCCAUCUCGGUCUCUGUCGUGCCUGUGGUACCUAUCGCAGUCACUGUCCCUACUCCUGAGACUACUGAGGUUCCUGUUUCCGCACCUGCUCCUCUCGAGGCCACUUUCCCCCAGUCCCCUCCUCAGGUCAAGGUUUCUGAGUCAGUUUCUGAGCCCAUCAUCACGACCAAGCCUGCUGCUCCUCAAACCACACUGGCUACUGUUCCUCAGCAGGUCCCUCAUGAGGCUUCCCACAGCGGAGAGACCCAAAUCGCGGUCUCCACUGUUCCUCACCCUCCCUCCAGCGAGACACUGACUCCUUCGACUCCUGUGUUCAACGGUGCCAGUACUGCUGGGCUCGUGGAUGGCCGUCUGCUUACCGUGAGCAUUUUCGUCGUGCUCGCUAAUGCUGCCCACUUUGUCAUUCUGUGA